UCCCUCUCUCUCUCUCCAUCUCUCUCUCUCUCAAUUCCCAAUGCAUAGCCUAAAGCUCCACCUCACCCCACUCACCCACCCGACGUCCCUCCUCCGGGACCGUCACCGUGAGUGGUGGCACCAAAUACUCGACCCAAGCAGCCACCUCGUCAACCGGUGGAACCGCGUUUUCUUCGUCACGUCCCUCGUCGCCCUUUUCGUGGACCCUCUCUUCUUCUACCUUCUCGGCUUCCGAGUCGACCGACAUUGCCUCACCAUGGACUUCGCGUGGGCCGGGGUCCUCGUCACCACCCGCACCAUCAUUGACCUCUUCUCCGCACUCCACAUCAUCAUUAAAUUCCGCACUGCCUAUGUGGCGCCCACCUCCAGAGUCUUCGGAAGGGGCGACCUUGUCAAGGACCCCUACAAAAUCGCCGUCCGAUAUUUGAAGGGCGAUUUCGCCAUCGAUCUUGCCGCCGCCCUUCCCCUACCCCAAGUUUUGGGAUCCGUGUGGUACUUGAUGUCCGUGGAGCGAAUCUUUUCGUGUUGGAAGCACGAAUGCAGGCAUGAAAGGGGCGCCGUUACUUGCAGGAUAAGGUAUCUCGACUGUGACUCGUCGGGCCCUGAAUACGAGAGGUGGUAUAACAACACCGAGGUCUUCAACGGAUGUGAUGGAAAAGGCAACAAUUUCGAUUUCGGGCUGUUUGCCGAUGCACUUAACGACGAAGUUCCUUCGGCGAAUUUGAUCGAGAAAUAUUUCUAUUGUUUGUGGUUCGGUUUGAGAAGUCUAAGCUCGUACGGACAGAGUCUCUCUGCAAGUGCUUAUGUAGUCGAGACUGUCUUUGGUAUUCUGAUAUGUCUCAUGGGACUCGUUUUCUUCGCUCUUCUCAUCGGCAACGUGCAGGCAAAAAAAGUGACUCGUAUUCUUUCACAGACCUAUCUACAAUCUACGACUGCAAGACUCGAAGAAUGGCGUGUGAGGAGAAGAGACACCGAGGAAUGGAUGAGACAUCGGCAACUUCCCCCCGAACUUCAAGACCGCGUUCGCCGAUUCGUGCAGUACAAUUGGCUCUCGACACGAGGAGUUAAAGAAGAAGACAUUCUCCAAGCUCUUCCUCUCGACUUACGCCGUGAGAUUCAAAAGCAUCUUUGUCUUGAUCUCGUUCGUCGUGUCCCAUUCUUCUCGCAAAUGGACGAGCAACUUCUCGACGCGAUAUGCGAGCGUUUGGUCCCGUCCCUCAACACGAAAGGCACGUACGUCAUUCGAGAAGGCGACCCGGUUAACGAGAUGCUCUUCGUCAUCCGCGGCCAGCUCGAGAGCUCGACCACCGACGGUGGCCGGUCGGGAUUCUACAACUCGAUCACUCUAAAACCGGGGGAUUUUUGCGGGGAGGAGCUCCUCACGUGGGCCCUACUCGUGACGGCAUCGUCGAACCUCAACCGGCCGGCGUCCACGCGGACAGUCCGGUGCCUCACGGAAGUCGAGGCGUUUGCCUUGCUGGCGGAUGACCUGAGGUUCUUCGCGAAUCAGUUCAAGCGGCUGCAUAGUAAGACUUUGCAGCACGCGUUUAGAUAUUAUUCGCACCAGUGGAGGACUUGGGGCGCGUGUAUUGUGCAGGCGGCGUGGAGGAGGCACAGGAGGCGGAGGGCGGCGGAGGAGCUGCUCAGGCACGAGAGCAUGUCGAUGAUGAUUAAUCGGGUCUCGUCGGAUGAUGAUGAUGACGAGGAUGAUGACGAGGAUCUUUCGGAGAGAAGCUUGAUGGGGACUCUUUUGGCUUCAAAAUUUGCGGCUAAUACGAAGAAAGGUGCGGGUGGCGGCGGGAAGGUUAGGUUCGUGGAGGGAGGGGAGUCGAGCUUGAGGAUGCCGAAGCUGUUUAAGCCCGACGAGCCGGAUUUCUGA